AUGGCCAUUUAUCUCCAAAUCCUCUUCUUCGCUCUCCUCCAUACUCCGCCAUGUUCCGCCACUGGUGGAUCCUGGUCCAUCCUCCUCCCAAGCAUCGGCAUCUCAGCGAUGCACAUGCAGCUUCUCCCAAAUGAUCGUGUUGUUAUGUUUGAUCGUACGGACUUUGGCACCUCCAGAAUCUCUCUUCCUAAUGGCAAAUGCCGCCACAACUCAACCGACUGCUCAGCCCAUUCCGUCGAGUAUGAUGUUGCAUCCAAUUCCAUACGUCCACUUAUGGUACUCACUGAUGUUUGGUGCUCAUCUGGAACUUUAAUGCCCAACGGAAGACUUACACAGACCGGAGGCUGGGGUGAUGGUUCUCAGGUUGUCCGAAUUUAUAGAUCAUGUGAUACAUGCGAUUGGCAAGAGAUACAAAAUGGUUUGAAUCAACCCAGAUGGUAUGCAACCAAUCAAAUACUGCCUGACAGUCGCCAAAUUAUUAUUGGUGGUCGUCAGACGUUUAACUAUGAGUUCUAUCCUAAGAUGUCGGCGACAGAGACCUCUUACAGUUUACCCUUUUUGGUUCAAACGAGUGACCUUAACAUUGAAAAUAAUCUGUACCCAUUUGUAUUUCUCAUUCCUGAUGGUAAUUUGUUCAUUUUUGCAAAUAAUCGUGCUAUUUUAUUCGACUAUUCAAGGAACAAAGUGGUCAGGAAUUACCCAACAAUGCCAGAUGGUCAACCAAGGAAUUACCCAAGCACGGGUUCUGCAGUUUUGUUACCUUUGCAGAUAAAGAAAGGGUCAGUGAAUACUGUUGAAGUAUUAGUUUGUGGGGGAGCACCCAUAGGAGCAUUCAUUAAUGCAUUAAAAGCAAAAUUUGAUAGAGCCUUGGAUACAUGUGGUCGGCUUAAAAUAUCAGACCAAAAUCCCGAAUGGCUCAUGGAAACCAUGCCUUUAGCUCGAGUAUUAGGUGACAUGUUGUUGCUACCGAAUGGACAUGUAUUGAAUAUUAAUGGUGCGUCUGCAGGGUCUGCAGGGUGGGAGCUUGGAAGGAACCCGGUUCUGAACCCAGUAGUUUACCGACCGGAGAACCCACUUGGGUCUAGAUUUCAAGUGCAAAACCCAAGCAACAAACCUCGAAUGUACCAUUCGACAGCGGUUUUGCUAAGAGAUGGUAGGGUUCUUGUAGGUGGAAGUAAUCCUCAUGAUAAAUAUGCAUUCACGGACGUACUUUACCCAACUGAAUUGAGCUUGGAGACAUUUGCGCCCUCUUAUCUGGAUCCAAGCUCAUCCAUAUUACGUCCUAAUAUUAUCUCGCCCAAACCCAAAGCUAAGAUGCACUACGGUGAACAAAUUAUCAUUAAGUUUACCAUAACAGGCCAUGUCAAUCUUAGUUUGAUCUCAGUGACAAUGAUAGCACCUUCAUUUAACACGCACUCGUUUUCUAUGAAUCAAAGGUUGUUGGUGCUUGACGGUGGUAACUCCACCAAGGCUGUCGUCGGACGGUCUUACUAUACAGUUGAAGUAACAGCGCCUCCAUCCGGUAACAUUGCUCCUGCUGGUGAUUAUCUUCUAUUUGUGGUACAUAAUGAAGUACCGAGUCCAGGCAUUUGGGUCCGAAUUCAGUGA